AGGGAAACAUUGGGCAUGUUUGUAAGGAUUAUAAAUAUCUGUCAUGGGAUAUACCGACGUAGUCAUAGAAAACGGGAAUUUUGGCGAUCGAUAACUCCACGAACUUCUGCAACACUACUAAGGAGCAGCGCGCGUGCAGGUAGUCAGGCAAGGAUCCUCCUGGGCACUAUGGACGACUUGAGGCGCGAUCGUCUAGGGCAGCGUCCCUACCACGAGCACACUGGGGACAACAUCUGCCCCAACAUGGUCAGGGGCAUCGACUACCUCAGGGAUCCCAGGUUGAACAAGGGCAUGGCCUUCAGUCUGGAAGAACGCCAGGUUUUGGGUCUCCAUGGUCUCAUCCCACCACGAUUCAAGACCCAGGAAGAACAAGUUGAUCUUUGCAAGAAGAAUGUUGAACGUUAUCAGGAGCCAUUAAAUAAAUUUAUUUAUCUUGCUAGUCUCCAGGAUCGAAACGAACGCCUCUUUUAUCGUCUUCUGAGUGAAAAUGUUGAAGAGUACAUGCCCAUUGUUUACACCCCAACUGUUGGUCUUGCUUGCCAGAAGUUUGGUUUGAUCUUCCGACGACCUCGUGGUCUAUUUAUUUCUAUUCAUGACAAGGGACAUGUGUAUGAUGUGUUGAGAAACUGGCCAGAACAUGAUGUUCGUGCCAUUGUGGUGACAGAUGGAGAACGUAUUCUGGGUCUUGGUGACCUGGGUGUACAGGGUAUGGGUAUUCCAGUUGGGAAAUUGUCCCUCUAUACUGCUUUGGCUGGAAUCAAGCCACACCAGUGCCUGCCUAUUGUUCUUGAUGUCGGUACCAACCGCAAGGAACUUCUUGAAGAUGAAUUUUAUAUUGGUGCCAGACAUGAGCGAGUGACAGGUGAAGCCUAUGAUGAAUUCAUUGAUGAAUUCAUGCAUGCAGUAGUUCAGCGCUACGGCCAGAACACUCUUAUCCAGUUUGAGGACUUUGGUAACCAUAAUGCCUUCCGCUUCCUUGAGAAGUAUCGAGGAAAAUAUUGCACAUUCAACGAUGACAUUCAAGGAACAGCAUCUGUUGCUGUUGCUGGUUUGUUAGCCUCCCUGCGCAUCACUGACACAAAGCUUAGUGAUCAUAAAUUCCUUUUCCAAGGAGCUGGUGAGGCCUCCCUUGGUAUUGCCAACUUGAUUGUCAUGGCCAUGGUCGAGGAAGGUGUUGAUGAGGAGGAAGCCCGCUCUAAGAUUUGGCUGGUUGACUCCCGUGGCUUGAUCGUGAAGGACCGUCCCAAGGGUGGAAUUACAGGCCAUAAGGAAGUAUUUGCCCAUGAACAUGAGCCUAUGGAUGACCUGGAAGAAAUUGUGAGAGAGCUUCAACCAACUACUCUCAUUGGUGCUGCUGCCAUUGGAGGAGUGUUCACCCCACAGCUUCUUCAAGAUAUGGCUUCCUUCAACGAACGACCAGUUAUCUUUGCUCUUAGUAACCCAACAAGCAAGGCUGAAUGUACUGCAGAGGACUGUUACACACAUACUGAAGGUCGAGGUGUGUUUGCAUCAGGCUCUCCCUUCGACCCCGUGACUUACGAAGGCAGGACUUUCCAUCCAGGCCAAGGCAACAAUGCAUACAUCUUCCCAGGUGUUGCUCUGGGAGUAAUCUGCACUGGAAUUCACCACAUUGAUGAUGGAAUUUUCCUCAUGGCAGCAAAGGCUCUGGCUGAUAUGGUAACUGAAGAGAACCUUGAGCAGGGUCGUUUGUAUCCUCCUCUUACAGACAUUCAGUCCUGUUCCCUGAAGAUUGCUACCUACAUUGCAGAACAUGCAUACAAGACAGAUAUAGCAUCAGUUUACCCUCAGCCAAAGGACAAAAUGGCCUUCAUUAGGGCUCAGCAAUAUGAUUAUCACUAUGGUUCAGCCCUUCCCAAUGUCUACAGUUGGCCCAAGCUUUAGGGCGCAUGACCAGUAUUGCAUCAACUUAUCCUCAACCAGAAGACUUGACCGAGUUUAUCUCAGAACAAAUGUAUGACUAUAACUACGAUGACAAUUCUGCCAUACCAAAGACCUGGGAGUGGCCAGAUCUCUCAGAAUUUGAACCCAACCCUUAGAAAGAAGACUGCUGAAAAAAAUACCAAGCUCAGUAUUGCGGAAUAUUUCUCCAUUGUUAGAUGCAUCAGCUGUGUAUGAUAACCGCAGAGCUUCAUGUGUUAAAUGUACUCCAUGUUGUUAACAAAGGAAAUUAUUUUGUUAAUUCCCAUGAUAAUAGAAAAGUUCAGAUAGUUGCAGUAACAUUAGUGGAUGGUUUUGCAUUUAAUGUAUUUCCACAACUAUUUUGAUGAAUAUUAAGAUUAAGUUAUGAAGACACAUUGAGUUCAAAACCAAAUGUUAGAACUAUUUUGAUCUUACAAGUUAUACAAAGAUCUCACUGUGGGAGUACAUAUAGGAAAUCAAAUUUGUCUAAGUUCAGAAACUAUCUCAACUCUGUAGUUAAAAUCAGGCUGUGGGUAAAAUAGCUCAGUCUCUGGUAUGAUUAUCAUAAAGAGUUAAUAUUUAGUGCUGCUUAACAUUCUUCUUUUUUUCUUUUUUGUUAACUUACUUUCUCUCUCUAUACCUUAUAUAGUUAUUUGGUGUUAGUCCCCACUCUAGUUGAAUAAAAAAGAAACUUUCUUUUUAUUUCAAAUUUUAGUUUCUUUCAGGCAAGAUCUCUAUUAUCUCUUACAUUGGCCCAUUUUUGUAGCACUAAAUGCCUGUGAUUAUUAGUUUACGGCCUCAGUAGUCCCAACAUUUCAUACUUUCUGUACUCUAAUGGAAAUGCAUGAGAUAGAUUCCCCCCCAACCCACACACAUCAAAGCAGAGAUUUUUGUUGUAUAAAUUUGAGUAUUUAUGUAUUAUUUCCAUUUUCCCUAUCUGAAAAAUAGAUGCCAAAAGAUCUCCUUCCAUCUCCAAUUUCAGUAUUCUCAUUGGUAAACAUCUGCAUCAAUUCUAGACAUUCUUGAAAAAUAAAAACAAUUAGAUUAUCAUUAGUAUUGGUAUUAUUUGCAUCUGACUCAUCAGCUUCCUGAUUCAAUGUGGACUUAUUUAUUUUUGUUGUUUACUUCUGUGUAGUAUUAUGAAAAAUAUACUCUGUUUCUGCCAGCCUUCUUUUAAGCAUCAACUGUGUCAGGUCAUCUAAAAGUCAAGAAGAAAUCUUGAAAUUGAGGAUACAUCUUGCAUUCAUUCUCAUAACAACUAUAAAGUCAUACUGUAUGUGUAUAUAUUAAGAUUAACCUACCAGGGUUCUGCAGGUAAUCUAAUAAUCCUUAUUUUCGUAAUGGAAGCAGAGGUAAUUUGUCUUAUAUUUUUCCAGAGUGUUUGUAAAGUAUAGAUGGUAUGAUGUGCUUUGCUGACUUUUUAUACAAAGAGCCUAUUACCAUGUAGUAAAGAGUGGACAGUGACUACCUACCACAUGAACGAUAAUUACUUAUCGUUGAUGCAUAAGUUAAAGGUAAAAAAUCUCAUAACCACACAUUUACAAAGGAAAACAUUAUUGAUACUUUACUCCUCCUUUGCCCCAAGAACUGUAACAUACUUAUAGUAUGUCAGUGAAAACAAAAUUGGAAAUGAUUAUGUACGUUGAUCUUGUUGAUGACUGUUAAGCAGAUGUACUUUAUUUCUUAUUUGUGUGUUAUAAAAUGUAUGUAGUCGUGCAGGUAGAAUAAACUAUAUGUAUUUUAAA